CAGUUCAAGUACCAGAAUGGUCGAUUUACGUGAUAAUCUGUGAAUUAUGCUUGCGAAAUAUGCCAUUAAAUCGUACUGCUAUCUUAAAUCAACAAAAUAUUCUUUUGACAAAUUAACACAUUUAAACAUUAUUUAAAUUUCCCUGAGCAGGGCCCUUAAAUUUAAAUGUGGUAUCGUUCGGCAGCUUAUCGGCCUCCAGAACAAACCGCAAUGUCCGAUAAGUUCAGUCCAGUUCCAAAAAGCUGCUGUUUAUAAAAGAGCACGAAAGUGCGCUUUUAUGGAAGUCUGCUCCAUUAUCAGGCUGGGAACUGGAAACACAUUUUGCUAAUUUCGUCUUUAUCGACAACGAAUUAUCAAAACUGUUCGGUUGCUCGCUCGUUGUCUGUGAACGUUCAUUGUGCUUGCUGUGUCGAAGACAAUAAUUCUUCUCCAAUACGGUUUAUUGUGUAUCGAGUGUCUGUUUUAAAGAUGAAGUGGCUAGUUUUCUUCACAGUCACGAUUUUGGUGGCCUGCGUGGUGGCCGAAGGAGAAGUUUGGGAAGAAGAUGACCAUGAGGUGCUGAUCAGAAGCGAAAGGGGCGCCAAAAACCAAGAGUGCCGUUACGCCAAAGGUGGCUGGUCCGAAUGCGAUUCCAAGACGAACCAGAGAUCAAGAACGCUCACGCUGAAAAAGGGCAACCAAACAAGUUGCGAGCCGACCAAGACCAUGCAGAAGAAGUGCAAAAAAGCUUGCAGAUACGAAAAAGGAAAUUGGGCUGAAUGCAAUGCACAAGGCCAGAUAACUCGUAGCGACAAGCUGAAGCAAGGAAGCGAUCCCUCCUGCGAGCAGAAGAGAGAGAUUACGAAGAAGUGCAAGUCCAAACCAGUCAAGGGCCAACCCGCGAAAGGUAAGAAAGCUGCCCGCAGAAACAACAGGAACUAAGAAGUUAGAGGCGAUCAAAGAGCAAUCGAGAGCGGGAGAGCAUUACAACAUUCAUCAACCACAUUCAAUUAUUAAAUGCAAAACAAUCCAAUUUUGUUCGCCCACAUCAGUCAUAAAUCAUCAUUCAGAAUCAUCUCGUUCAUUUUUCAAUCAGCGAUAGUUAUUAUUGUACAUUUAAGAAAUAUUUAAGAUUAUCAGUUUUAGGGUUUUGUUGUUUCUUUCAAGCGUGAAACUGGCCUGAAAGCCACAUUUGCAAGGUUUGCAACGUGUAAAACGUGGCUUGCAGGUCACGUUUUUAAGCAUAAUUAUUACAUGUACAAUAGGGAAUAUUUCUAUGUGUAACCAUUUCAUCGAAAGAAUAGUUAGAGUUUAAACUUCAAAAUAAUGGUACAUCUUAGAAUCUGUGUAAUAUGAGGAAAUAGUUUGAUUUUGUAGAUUUUUACCGAUGUUUUUUAUUCUAUAAGAUUUCUACUUGCAUCUCUAUUUAUCAUGGCAAAUAGAAUUUAUAGCGUAGGUUUGGAACAGUCGCUGUGUUUCCCAUGUGUAUUUUAGUUCUACUAUUGGGGGUAUUUUCUUAGAAAUUGUCUCAAACUGGGUUUGAUUUCUGUUAAAUUUCCGCAUCUAUACCCGGUUUGUUUUGGGGUUGCAUCAACUCAGUUUCACAAAAGUAUCUGUUGUUAGGCUAAACUAAUCAAUAAAAUACUGUCGUAGGUAAAUAUUCUCGUAAAUCCUAAGGUUAACUGUUUCUCAGUGUAAUAUUAACAUAUUAAAUCUUCCAAUAAUAAAAACAAUUUAAUUUAAA